UAAUGGAUUUCGAAAAUAGAAAACAAAGUUGUAUUAUAAAUUUUAAGGUUAGAUUUAGAGGAUUUAACAAAAUAUAUUGACAAUAUUACAGUGAUAUUAAAAUAUUAAGUAAAUUAAACAUCAGUUAAUAUCGAUUGAUAUUUUUGAAUUAACGGUAGAUAAUAUGAUUUUAUAUAAAUUCAAAUAGCAAUAGAGAUAUGAGCCGAUAUAUCAAUAUUUCUUGUUUAAAAAAAUUUAAUAUUUAUUUUACAUCAAGACUAUGUAAAUUUUAUAUUCUAUAAAAAAUAUAUGUUAAAGAAUAUUGAAAUAUUAAAGUAUGAAUACAUUAACACGAUGUCCUGGUAUGUAUUGUGGAAAAGAAUUAUUAGCAAAUGGAAAUUGGAGUGACUGUGGUGCGUGCCCUCGUGGAUUUAGAACAAAUGUUUCUUCUGCCUGUGUUCUUUGUGAAGAUACACCUAUGUUUUAUGAUUGGUUAUAUCUUGGAUUCAUGGCAUUGCUAGCAUUAGUUUUACAUUGGUUCUGUAUUGAUGGGGUCUCAAUGCGACGAAAUAUACCUAAAGAAGUCAUUGCAUUGCAUCUGUCUGCAUUAUUUGAAGUUUUGAGUGCAUCCCUCAUUACUUUACAAUUAACUGAUCCUAUCGGUACAUUUGGAAUAAGAUCUUGUAAAACACGUCGUCUUUCAGAUUGGUAUACACUACUACAUAAUCCUAGUCCGAACUAUGAAACAACUUUGCACUGUACUCAAGAAGCAGUAUAUCCUUUAUAUACCAUGGUUUUUGUUUUUUAUGCCCUUGGCGUAGUUAUUAUGCUUAUUUUAAGGCCAAUGAUAACAAAAAAAUUCUUACCUAAACAUGGAAAAUUUUCAAUAUAUGCUGCACUAUAUUUCUAUCCUAUUUUAGCACUUUUACAUGCCAUUGGAGGAGGUCUUAUAUAUUACUCAUUUCCUUAUAUCACUAUUAUUUUGUCAGUUUUAUCAAAUGCAGCACACUUUGCUUUCAAAUUAAAUCAGACCAUGAAAUCCCUGUUACUUAGCUCAGUUUCAGAUGUAAAAAAUGUAAUAGUAAUACUUGGUCAUUGGUUGUUACAUGGUUACGGAGUAGUAGCUGUUGCUACAUUACGUGGUAUUAGUAUUCAUCCAGCAAUGCUUGUCUUGGUUCCUUUACCUGCAUUGUUUUAUAUAUUUACAGCAAGGUUUACUGAUCCACAUAAACUUGAUAUACAAUAAUAAAAAAUACUUUUUUUUAACCAGUAAGUGAAACAGUGUCAAUCCUAGUGGUAAAUAUCUUUUUUACAAUCAAGCAAAAUCUCUUAUUUUUCUAGAAUUUAAUAUCUCAAUUUCAUUUACAAUUAUCUGUUAAUAUAAGCUACUAUUGAAUAUUUCAAAUUACUUUUUUCAUUCAAAAUUUGUAUAUACACAAAAAUAAAUUAAUAAGAUC